CCCGGAGCACGGCCCAUGGCCUCCCCACGCCUCGGGACCUUCUGCUGCCCCACGCGGGACGCCGCCACACAACUGGUGCUGAGCUUCCAGCCGCGGGCGUUCCACGCGCUGUGCCUGGGCAGCGGCGCCUGCAGCCUGGCGCUCGGCCUCCUGCAGCUGCUGCCCCGGCGCCGGCCCGCGGGCCCCGGCGCCCCCGCCACAGCCCCGCCGGCCUCGGCACGCGCCCCGGCCUCCGUCCGCAUCCUGCGCGCCGCCGCCGCCUGCGACCUGCUCGGCUGCCUGGGAAUUGUAUUCCGGUCUGCGGUGUGGCUAGGAUUCCCAAAUUUUGUUGACAACCCCACCGCCGUGAAUGGGACAGACAUUUGGCCUGCUGCGUACUGUGUGGGGAGUGCGAUGUGGAUCCAGCUGUUGUAUAGCGCCUGCUUCUGGUGGCUGUUUUGCUAUGCGGUUGACGCCUAUCUGGUGAUCCGGAGAUCGGCAGGGCACAGCACCAUCCUGCUCUACCACCUCAUGGCCUGGGGCCUAGCCGCCCUGCUCUGCGUGGAGGGAGCGGUCCUGCUCUACUACCCUUCUGUGUCCAGGUGUGAGCGGGAUCCGGAGCAUGCCAUUCCCCACUAUGUCACCACAUACUUGCCGCUGCUGCUGGUGUUUGUGGCCAAUCCCAUCCUGUUCCAAAAGACAGUGACUGCAGUGGCCUCUUUACUAAAAGGAAGACAAGGCAUUUACACAGAGAACGAGAGACGGAUGGGAGCCGUGAUCAAGAUCCGAUUUUUCAAAAUAAUGCUGGUUUUCAUUAUUUGUUGGCUGCCGAACAUCAUCAAUGAAAGCCUUUUAUUCUAUCUUGAAAUGCAAGCAGAUGUCAACGGGAGCUCUUUGAAACCUGUCAGAAAUGCGGCUAAGACCACGUGGUUUAUUAUGGGGAUACUGAAUCCAGCCCAAGGAUUUCUCUUGUCCUUGGCCUUCUAUGGCUGGACGGGAUGCAGCCUGCAGUUUCAGUCCCCCAGGAAGGAGAUUCAGUGGGAGUCCGUGGCGAGUUCUGCUGCGGAGCGGACCUGCCUGUCCCCGGAGGGCUCCCGCGUGCCCUGCGAGCAUCCGACUUGCAGGAAGGUGGCGUGUGUGGGCGGGCACACCUCCGACGAGGCGCUGAGCAUGCUGUCUGAAGGUUCUGAUGCCAGCACACUCGAAAUCCAUGUCGCAAGUGUGUCCCGCAACGAAAAUGAGGUUUACUCUGUUCCCAAACCCCAGGGAGACCUAUGAGAGGGAUGGGACAGGAGUCCAGACACCAUGUGCUCAGGCUCUGCAUUUCUCGUUCUUUAGAACUGUGUUCUCCCCCAAAUCUUGUCAUCACCCUGUUAGGGUUUCUUCCCGAGGAAUGUCUCUGAUGAGAGAGGAUCCAUGAGCAUGAUUGGGAACAGGAGGAGAAUUCCUUCCAGACCGGACACACAGCAGCUUCUCCAGACUCUUAGCUGCCCUUGGUUUUUCUGAGGCUGGCUACUGUCAUGUAAAGGUCGGAUCCAGGUCUUUAGAAAAGUCAAUAAAAUAAAGUAGUUGUAACUGA